AUGUCAGCAAGCGCGCCAUAUCCCGAGUUCUGGGUCCGCAAGAUGCGCUCAAUUUUUGUAAUGUUCGACCACGACUUGGACGGCGUUGUCAAGAAGGAAGAUAUGGUGGACUUUUGCGAGUCCAGAGCUAAAUGGCUUCUCAAACAAGAACAAAUGCACGCCUAUAUGGACCUAGUAAAACACGCUUGGGAUUAUUUUUGGGCCGGACCGGAGAAGAAAGAGAACGUUACUCUUAAGGACUAUAUCUACAACCAAGCACGCACUUUUCGCGAACCAACUGUUCAAGAAGAGGGGGAAAAGUGGUUCCAUGUCUAUUUUGACAAAAUCGCAGACAAAAAUGGCGACGGUAUUGUGACCAGAAAGGAAUAUGAAGAGUUCCUUGGCCUUUUUGGCGUACAUCCGCUAUCUGUCCCUCCAUCGUUUGAGGCCUUGGACACAGAUGGUGAUGGUCAUAUCAGCAAAGAGGAGUUCGUAAAUGCUGCCGUAGGUUUCUUCUGCUGCACUGCAGACACCCCGGCAAAGUUGUUUUGGGGUCCGUUCUUGGCUGAAAUAUCCUUAUCAUAUAGAAACUGUAAAUAA